CUUAUGCAAGUAUUGCACGAAAACUGUGUGAAAAAAUUACCUAUAAAGUAUAUUGAUGACAUCGCAUCAAAUUCAUAACUAUCUAUUGUGUUUGGCAGAAAGCAACUCCAGCAACAACAACAAAACACGGGAUUAUUAUCAGUUAUUUAUUGUCAUAGUUCUGCGACAUGAAGAGUCUCAUUUUGGUUUGCCUGGCUCUUGUUGCCAUUCAAAUAUCAGCAGCUCCAACUGAAAAGGACCUGUCGACUGUUAUCACCAGCACUGAUGCAACGAGCGAUAGCGAUGCGGCAAAGGAGUUGAUCAAAACAAAGGAUGAUAAAGCGAACGAUGUUGUAGAACCAGCACCAACACCAGCACCAACACCAGCACCAACACCAGCACCAACAUCGGCACCGAAACCAGCACCGGAAAAAACGCAAGAGAAGAAAGUGGAUGAAGUUAAGGAAGAAGAGAAGAAGGUGGAAGAAAAAAAGGUAGAAGUGGAACAAGAGAAAAAAGAAGAGGAGAAGAAGGGAGAAGAGAUGAAAGAGGACAAAAAAGAUGAAGAAAAGAAAGAAGACGAGAAAAAAGAAGAGAAAUCGGUUGAAAAAUCCACUGAAGAGUCGAAAAAUACUUCCGAAAAGGCUGAAAAGGCAGAAAAGUCGGAAAAGUCCACAAAAUCCGAUGAAACAUCGAAAGCUACCGAUUCGAAGGAACUCGAUCAUAAAUCAUUUUUCGACUGCAUAUACCAUAUAUUUGGCCAUCGGCUUAGCAGUGAUCCACCAAGCAGCACUCACGUGAUUGAAAUUUCCCUCGAGCCGCCCUCAGCUGCUCAUCCAAUUAUUGAUGCCGACGACGAUGAUGAUGACAUUGAAGUGAUCAUUCCCAUCGCUCCAAAACCAGUUGAACCUCGACCACCAACCAUGGUUACGAAAUUGAUGCAUAUGCUCAACUUUUUGAAUUUCUUUCCAUCGAUGUUGGGACAUGGCAGUCCAGAAAUCGUGCCAACUCACGUCUACCGCAAAACAAUAGUGACCCGUCACCUCAGCCCCUUUGCAUAAGGCUAAAAUAUCAAUAUGUCACCGACAGAUCACAAUUAAUUGACACAAAAUACGCUAUCUUUGUAAUUCAAUCUAAUGAAAUUGUUUUCUGUCACUAACAAGUUGUUAGUAACAACACAUAUUGUAUUCAAAUGAUGAGCUUUUCAUCAAAACCAAGAAGAAAAAAACACAGCAGAUUUUUGAUUAAA